CAUUGUGGGAAUUUAAUAUUUGUAAUCAAGAUGUCAGCCUGCGUGCGGCUUGGCUCCAUAUGUCGUUCGUUUAACGGAGGCAGGCUGGGGUUUCGACCUCUCACCACGGUCAACAGCUCUGCUUCAGUCGGUGGUAACGGCAUUGCUUGCUCAUUGAAGCGGUUCCAUUCGGUGGCGCCUGAGGGGUUGCAGGGCUGCGGUCGGCGCUGGACGGUAACGAGGGUGACAAGAGCGGCCUGCGCCAAUGGCAAGCAACCCAGCUUGCGACCCCAACCUAACCCCAUAUUCCAGCAGACGCGCAGAUUCCAGGACUUCAGUGAGAAGAGCAGUGGUGGCUCGGUUCACUCUGGUGAUGAUGGUGUGGAAGACGGGGCCGGGGAUGGUGGAGGCGGGGAAGGGACUGCAGGUAUGGCCCCUGCCAUGACUGCGCUCUCUCCCAUGAUCGUGCCGGAUGUUUUCCCCAAUGUCCCCUUGAUCGCAGUCACCAGGAACCCCGUAUUCCCCAGAUUUAUUAAAAUAAUUGAGGUCAAGAACAAAAGGUUAAUGGAACUCCUUCGAAGAAAAGUACGUUUAGCUCAGCCUUAUGCAGGUGUAUUUCUUAAAAAAGAUGACAACAAUGAAUCUGAUGCAGUUGAAAACUUGGGUGAGAUUUAUCAGAUAGGAACAUUUGUCCAGAUCCAUGAGAUGCAAGAUUUGGGGGACAGAUUGCGAAUGAUUGUAAUGGGGCACAGAAGAAUCCAAUUAAACAGACAGCUGGAAGUGAAUGCUGAUGAAACAGUUCCUGCAGAAUUUGAGCAGAAUCAGCACAAAGUUCAGAGGAAACAAAAACACCACAGGACUGAUGAAGCAGGUGGCCAACUCUCUGAGGUGGAUACGAGCAUAGAGUCGCUUGUACCUCCAAUGGGUGAGCUGCUGAUGGUAGAAGUGGAAAAUGUCAUCCAUGAGGAUUUUCAGGUCACAGAAGAGGUCAAAGCACUUACAGCAGAAAUUGUGAAAACAAUACGUGACAUCAUUGCUCUGAAUCCACUUUAUAGAGAAUCAGUGCUUCAGAUGAUGCAGGCCGGGCAGAGGGUGGUGGACAACCCAAUUUACUUGAGUGACAUGGGAGCGGCACUCACAGGUGCAGAAUCACAUGAGCUACAGGAGGUGCUGGAGGAGACCAACAUUCCAAAUCGACUCUACAAGGCACUCUCUCUGUUGAAAAAAGAAUUUGAAUUGAGCAAACUGCAGCAACGUCUUGGGCGAGAGGUAGAAGAGAAAAUCAAGCAGACCCAUCGUAAAUACUUGCUGCAGGAGCAGCUGAAGAUUAUUAAGAAAGAGCUAGGGCUGGAAAAGGAAGAUAAAGAUGCCAUUGAGGAGAAGUUUCGGGAGAGGCUGAAGGAACUGGUUGUUCCAAAGCAUGUCAUGGAAGUUAUUGAUGAAGAGCUGAACAAACUCAACUUACUUGAUAAUCAUUCCUCUGAGUUCAAUGUGACUCGGAAUUACUUGGACUGGCUGACGACAAUGCCUUGGGGAAAAUGCAGUGAAGAAAACAUGGAUCUGAAACGAGCCAACGAGGUGCUGGAGGAGGAUCAUUAUGGCAUGGAGGAGGUCAAAAAACGCAUCCUGGAAUUUAUUGCCGUUAGCCAACUGCGUGGUACAACCCAAGGGAAGAUUCUAUGCUUCUACGGUCCACCUGGAGUUGGCAAGACCAGCAUUGCUCGAUCUAUAGCAAGAGCAUUAAACCGAGAGUAUUUCAGGUUCAGUGUUGGAGGAAUGACUGAUGUAGCAGAAAUCAAGGGUCACAGGAGGACAUAUGUUGGAGCUAUGCCUGGAAAAGUCAUUCAGUGCCUGAAGAAAACCAAGACUGAAAAUCCAUUAGUUCUUAUUGAUGAGAUUGAUAAAAUUGGUCGUGGUUAUCAGGGCGAUCCAUCUUCGGCAUUGCUGGAGCUUCUUGAUCCAGAACAGAAUUUUAACUUUUUGGACCAUUAUCUUGAUGUGCCAGUUGAUUUAUCAAAGGUACUUUUUAUCUGCACUGCUAAUGUGACUGAAACAAUUCCAGAACCUUUACGAGAUCGAAUGGAGAUGAUUAACAUUUCUGGCUAUGUAGCACAGGAGAAGCUUGCGAUUGCUGAGCGUUAUCUGGUUCCCCAAGCAAUGAACGCCUGCGGUCUGGACAAAGAGAGUGCGCAGAUCACAUCUGAAGCACUUACUGUUCUGAUUAAACAGUACUGCAGAGAAAGUGGGGUUCGCAAUCUGCAAAAACAGGUGGAGAAGGUGCUUCGUAAGGCUGCUUAUAAAAUUGUACACAAGGAGGCUGACACAGUAGUGGCAACCCCCGAGAACCUCCAGGAUUUUGUUGGAAAACCUAUUUUCACAGUGGACAGGAUGUAUGAUGUCACUCCUCCAGGAGUUGUAAUGGGUUUAGCCUGGACAGCGAUGGGCGGGUCAACUCUCUUUGUUGAAACCUCUCUUUGUCGACCAAGGGACAAGGAAAAUAAAGAAGGCUCCCUUGAAAUGACUGGUCAGCUGGGAGAUGUGAUGAAGGAAAGUGCAAAAAUUGCCUAUACAUUUGCAAGGGCCUUUCUCAUGCAGAAAUACCCUGCCAAUGAUUUCUUGACCCAGUCCCACAUUCACCUCCAUGUGCCUGAGGGUGCUACACCUAAGGACGGUCCGAGUGCAGGCUGUACAAUUGUAACUGCACUCCUUUCUCUAGCAAUGGAUCGACCUGCACGGCAAAAUUUAGCCAUGACUGGAGAGGUGUCACUUACUGGAAAAAUCCUGCCUGUUGGUGGAAUUAAGGAGAAGACCAUUGCUGCAAAGCGAGCUGGUGUUGACUGCAUCAUUUUACCAAUGGAAAACAAAAAAGACUUUUUCGAUCUACCGAAUUUUAUUACAGAGGGUCUUGAAGUGCAUUUUGUUGAACAUUACCAGGAUGUGUACAGUACAGUGUUUCCAGAUAAAUGAGAUUGAUCAGCGGACAUAUAAUAGAACUGACCGCGACACAUUUUGGGGAAGUACAUUCUGUAGAAGCAGAAUCAGAUGCUAUGUGCCAGCCCCAGAGUAGCUGUCUCAGUGCUUCAGAAUCAUCAUGACCAUAGAGUCAAUGGAGCACAUGUGAUCAAAUAUAUUUGGUCAUUUUAAUAAAGUAGUAUUGUAACCAAUCCUGGUACCAUACUGUCAGACAAUUGAUAAUAAAGUUUAUUUAUAUCAACAUUUAAGUAAUUCUAGAAUCAAUGGAAAUCAUAGAAACUUGAUCCAAUUAUCACCUGUGGGUUACUUGAAUAAAUCAACUGCCAGAUGAGGUAGUCACAUUGACCAUAA